AUGAAGAGGCAAUUUUUAGAAAAAUUCUUCCCUGCAUCCAGAACAGCAGCAAUAAGGAAGGAGAUUAGUGGCAUUAGACACCUGCAAGGAGAGAGCUUAUAUGAAUACUGGGAGAGGUUCAACAAGCUGUGUUCAACCUGCCCAAACCAUCAGAUAAAUGAGCAACUCUUGAUUCAAUAUUUCUAUGAAGGAUUGAUGCCUGUGGAGCGCAGCAUGAUUGAUGCAGCCAGUGGAGGUGCUCUGAUGGACAAGACUCCAACAGCUGCAAGAUAUUUGAUCUCCAACAUGGCAGAAAAUUCUCAGCAAUUUAGUUCCAGAAAUCUUACCACUAGAGUUGUACAUGAGGCAUCCACAAGCAGUAUUGCUGCAGUUGAUAACCAAAGGCUGGAAAACAAGCUUACAGAAUUGACUUCUUUGGUGAGGCAAUUAGCCAUAGGCCAGACAGUUCCACAGAUCCAUCAGACGUGUGGCAUUUGUGCAGGUGACCAUUAUACUGAUUCUUGCCCUCAGCUGCAGGAGACAGCCCAUCCUUCUCAUUUGGUAGCAGGGUGGAGAAAUCAUCCCAAUCUGAGGUAUGGUCCACCAGCACCACAACAACAGCAGAAGUAUGUGUACCAGCAGCAGCCUACACACCCCUCAUACCACCAGCCACAACAUCACCCUGUGCAGCAGCAGCAACCAAAACAGCUAGCAACUUCAGUGAAUAAUUUACAGCAGCAAGGGUCUGCAGCACUUCCUUCUCAGCCUGUAGUUAAUCCAAAAGGUAAUGUAAGUGCUAUUACUUUAAGAAGUGGCAAGGAACUGACCAAUUGUCCAGUGCAGGCCAGUGAAGGUAGUGGAAGUGAAGAGGGAGUCCGAGAGAAUUUAGCACAGCAGCAGAUUCCCCUUCCUUUCCCAACCAGAGUUCUUCCACCAAAGAAAAUAGAAAUAGAUCAAGAGUUGCUGGACACCUUCAAGAAGGUGGAGAUUAAUAUUCCUCUGCUGGAUGCCAUCAAACAGAUUCCUCGAUAUGCGAAAUUCUUGAAGGAGCUCUGUACUUAUAAGAGGAACUUGAAGAAGAGAAAUGUCCAGACAGUUUCUUCCUUGUCCCAGUCUAGCCUUCCACAGAAAUGUGGUGAUCCAGGAACUUUCUCCAUUCCUGCACAAUUAGAGAGUCCUCUUUUGCUAUUAGCAAACCGAAGCACAACUCAGCCCUUGGGAGUGCUCGAAGACGUGUUGACCAUUCUUGAUGACUGCGAGACAAAGAUUGAUGUCCAUACUGGCACACUGUCCAUGGAGUUUGGAGAUGACACAGUUCAUUUCAAUAUCUUUGAUGCCAUGAGACAUCUGGCUGAGAGCCAUUCGAUGCUUUCUGAGAGUUUUGAUUUUUCUGUUUUUCUUAUUAAUGUAGUAGAUAGAAAUUCUGAUUUAGAUUCUGAUACAGUUCAUGUAGUUGAUUUUGAUUUUGAUUUUGAUAUAGUUGAUGUAGUUGAUUCUGAUAUUGAUGUUGCUGUAGAUUCAGAUUUUGACUUGUCUCAAUUUUCAGACUUAGAUUUAGAUGCUUUACCAGGAUGCACCUGUGAUAGUGGAAUUUGUUCCAUUUGCGCUGAGAUUAAUACUGCCAUAUCUUCUACUGUUUUGCCUUCCAUUGCAGGUGCAGAUCCAGAUUCUGUGAUAUCGAUGGCUGCUGUAGCCCUACAGUCUCCAUUAUCAGUUAUUCAGCAGCAGCCAGGUUCAUUGGAGUUGAGCCCUCUGCCAAAUCACCUUAAAUAUGCUUAUCUGGAUGCAGAACAGCAAAGAUUUCUGGUAAUUAUAUCUAGCAGCCUUCUGGAGGAUCAGGAAGAGAAGUUGCUGCAAGUUCUAAAGGUGCACAAGAAAGCCAUCGGUUGGAGCUUGAAUGACAUUCCUGGAAUCAGUCCAGCCGUAUGUAUGCAUAGGAUUCACUUGGAGUAUGAGUCUAGACCAGUAAGGUAG